CGGCUCUGCUGGCUGCGGCUGCUGCAGCUGGCCGAGACCCGCGCCGAGCUGGCGAUGCUGCUGCCCUCGCUGGACCCCAGGCCUAGAGACUGGUUCCGGAGGGCGCACGAUGGCACGUCGUCGGUGCUGCAGCGUGCAGCGCACUGGGCGCGGCUGGACUCCUCGCAGCUGGCCAGCGCGGGCGUGCUCAGCCGAGGCAAGGUGGAGCUGGCAGCACACACACCGCUCGAACAACUACAUCUGCUCACCGUGGAGAUAUGGACGCGCGGCAUGGAGUCAUUCGCGACGCCUCCAGUGAUACCCGCCGCGGCGAGAGAGGCGGAGGACGAACUAAAACCGGAGGAGGAGGAAGCCGUCGAGGGGGGGCUAGCGCUCACCGUAGGGGGGGUCAGGAGGCCUGACGUCACGCUCUUCAACGGACAGGGCGAGCUGCUGGGCCACAUCUGGUCGGGCGCGGGCUCGGCGCCGACGCCGGUGCUGCGCGCCGUGCUGCCGCGCGCGCACGCCGCGCGCCGCUACGCGCUGCAGGCCGGCGCCGUGCUGCGCGCCACGGGGCGGCGGGCGCUGGCGCUGGCGCAGGACGCGCAGGUAACGGGCUCGGCGCCCACGCCGGUGCUGCGCGCCGUGCUGCCGCGCGCGCACGCCGCGCGCCGCUACGCGCUGCAGGCCGGCGCCGUGCUGCGCGCCACGGGGCGGCGGGCGCUGGCGCUGGCGCAGGACGCGCAGGUAACGGGCUCGGCGCCCACGCCGGUGCUGCGCGCCGUGCUGCCGCGCGCGCACGCCGCGCGCCGCUACGCGCUGCAGGCCGGCGCCGUGCUGCGCGCCACGGGGCGGCGGGCGCUGGCGCUGGCGCAGGACGCGCAGGUAACGGGCUCGGCGCCCACGCCGGUGCUGCGCGCCGUGCUGCCGCGCGCGCACGCCGCGCGCCGCUACGCGCUGCAGGCCGGCGCCGUGCUGCGCGCCACGGGGCGGCGGGCGCUGGCGCUGGCGCAGGACGCGCAGGCGCAAGUGUCCCUCUGGGGUCGCACGGCGCGCGCGGGGCUGGCGCUGCGCGGGGCCGGCGUCGAGACCUGGACCCUGCGCCUGCGCACCAAGUGGGGCGACGUCACGGCGCGAGCGCACGCGGAGAUAGAACCGGAGCUCACUAUCGCAGCGGCGCUAGAUUUCUACGAUAAGCCACAGUUGUGCGUGCAUACCGCAGUUCCUGACUACACCUACAGCCGCAACGUGACGCUGGAGUCCGUGCUGGGCGCCGGUCUGCUGCGCGUGCGCCGCGCGCGGGUGACGUCACGCCGCGCGCCGGGCCGCACGCUCGCGCUCGGCGCGCCCAACGACGCCGCCUGCGCCGCGCUCGGCGCCGACCACCGCGAAUAAACGUGCUACUGACGUGACCUCUAUUCAAAUCUAUAUUCUAGGACCUAGGUGAUGUCCCUCCGCUUCCUAGCUCUAGGUGCGCCUAAUAAUGCAGGUCGGCGCCGGGAACUGGUGUGGGUCGCGUCCCUGGCUCUCGGCGCUCCUAAUGAAAUGGCGUUCUACUCGCGUAACGUCACGAAAUGAGUGACGUCACCGCCUGUCACGGGCCGCACUUGGCGCUCAGCGCGCUGACGUUCGUGACUGAUGUGAGCGUCAGUCGUAGUUGACGUCGCGUCGGAGCCCGUCCCGGCCCGACUUACUCCAUAUAUCAUACAAGAAUAAAUCAAAAUGACUGACAAUAUUUAUACUAAAUCGCGUUCCUCUAUAUCAGUAAAUGGCUGUCGCUGGAUGGUGUCGCUAACGGCUUUUUCAGUUCCAUCCAUCUUGUUAUGCGCUUAAUCCUCUUGUCGGCCCAUCUAGAGACCUGCGUCGGUGACGCCAUUUAACAAUAGACUAAAUAAACUUUCCAAUUUGGACACGACUUAUUAGAGUUAUUGUUAAUUCUCUCCAAAAUAAUUUAAACCAAAGCUUAUGAAUAUAAUAUUGGGUAUAUUUGACACUUUAAGUGUAAAUGUAUUGAGUUCUAAAUUGAGCAGCUUUAUGAACUAUCAAAGAAAAUAAUAUAAGACUGCUGAUCUAUCUGAAAAUUUAGUUUUGAACAAACCUGGGGAUCUAGCCAACAUGACAAUCGUACACCGAUAAAUGCCAAACAAAGAAAACAUGUGAGAUGACAGAUGCUAUGCAAAAUUACAUGAUUCAUUACCUAUUUAUUGUACCUAUUGUAGUUUCGUUUGGUGUCCUGUAUCCACCCAUUGUUAUCUUGGCUAAUCCCCUGGAUAAAUAAAAUAAUUGGCGUUUUCAGGCAGUUAGAGUUAUGUUUUAAACGAAAUAUUUUUUCAAAUUAUAAGUAAGACCCCAAUCGCAAAUUAUCUGUGUCACCUAGGUAUUUUGUGGUGGUUGCUGAAUGCUGAUGCAUGAAUACUUGAAUAGCAUAAGGUGGCCAUUAUUUUCUAGUGAUUCAAAUAAAAUAUUACUUUUAAAUGGUUAAAAACGCUUAUAACAAUACAAAACUAUUACAUUCUAAUAAAUCUACAAUAUCUUUUCUACUUCUACACUUGUUAUUUUAUAUUUUUAAGUAUUUUUACUUUACUGUACACUGAGCUAUCAUAACAUUAAAAUAUAUUUAUAACACCUUUAUAUGUUGUAUGUGUAGUUUAACAUGUUUGAAUGUUCUGAGAUGUAAUUUUCAGCGCUAAUCAAUGAUUCCUGAUGUGAUCGCAGGUGCCUUGUUGUAUGUACAUUUAUUAUGUGUAAGUGUUCUUCUGUUUAUAGUCUACAUUAUUUUUCAAUCGUAUACUUUUUACUAAAUCUUGUAUUUUAUAAAUUUUAUUCGAGUCUCAAAUUAAUUGUAAGUUUACUGAAUGUUGUUGUAAGCUCUCUAUUUAAGAAAAGAAUCAAUAAAUAAUUAUAAUUUUAAAUUUAAA